AUGGGAGGUGGAUCUGCUUCUUCUGAUGAGUCAAUUCCACAGUCAACUAGAGAUGUUGAAGCUGAGAUGAAAAGGUUAAAGAUUGAGCUCAGGCAAACCAUGAACAUGUAUAGCUCAGCUUGCAAAGAAGCACUUACUUCAAGAAAGAAGGCACAUGAGCUUAAUCAGUGGAAAAUGGAAGAAGCUCGAAGAUUUGAGGAAGCUAGGAGUUCUGAAGAGGCGGCUCUUGCUGUUGCGAAGAUGGAGAAGGCUAAGUGCAGAGCUGCAUUGGAAGCAGCUGAGAAAGCUCAGAGAAUGGCGGGAUUGGAAGGAGAGAGAAGGAAGCAAGCAGAGAUGAAAGCAAGAAGAGAAUCGCAGGAGAAAGACCGUGCUAUUAGUGCUUUGAUAGGAGAAGGUGGAUACGGACCAGUGUAUAAAGGCACGCUUGAUCACACUCCUGUGGCCAUUAAAGUCUUGAGACCUGAUGCUGCUCAAGGGAAGAAGCAGUUUAACCAAGAAGUCGAGGUUCUAAGUUGCAUAAGACAUCCUCACAUGGUUCUUCUACUUGGUGCUUUGUCCGGAAUAUGGUUGCUUGGUGUAUGA